GAUUCUACAUGACACGUCACUAGAUAAGUUCAUUGGCACAACUAUCAUAAUAGACUCCAUGUUUGUUGCAAGACUUACUUACAAGUUGUACCUUUGAACUGAUAUUUUUUUCCUACAAAUUGUCAAUUAUCGGACAUUUAACCGACUCGGCUAAACCUGUGACUUACAAAGCUCACAUCCUUAUCUUCCUUUAAAUUCUUUUCACAAUGGCGUCUGAAUUAAGCUCAGUACAAGAGGGCGCUGUUUGUGAAGAAGCUGACUGCGAAUCGAUUACUGACGUCACCUUCUAUGUGAAGGAGAAGAAGAAACUCUGUCAUGACUGCGCCUUGAAAAAAGAAUGCAUCGGAAUAGCACGAAGAGGUGUACCUAAUCUCUUCUGUGAGAAACAUGAGAAAGUAAUGGAUAUGUAUUGUAAGACGCAUGGCGAAGUUUUAUGUCUUUCUUGCGCUAUGAUAGAUCAUCAUGAAAAACAUUGUGUACGGCAAGACAUAGAGGACGCACUACGGGAAAACAAAGCAAAGCUCAACAUCCUUCAGAAAGCAAUGAUGGACAAAUUGGAGCUAUUACGAGUUUAUGGGAUUGAGAUUCAUCAGGGUAAACAUGUCCCAGACGAACAUUUGAAAACUAUUCAGAAUGAGGUUGAUUCCGAAAUCGAAGAGGAGAUCGAAAGAGACAGAGCCAAGGAAAAGGAAGAUGCUGAUAAAAUCGACGAGGAGAUUGAUGGGGAAAAUGAACAGCAUCAAGAGGAGAUUCGAAAGCUCCAGAAUAAGAUUAACCAGAACAAUGCGAAGAGAGAGCAGCGACACAAUGACAAUCGUUUAAACGCAGAAAAGAGACGAAAACCGAUAAUUGAUAAACAGCGCAUUCUUCAGUUCGACAUUCAGAACAUCGCUCAAGAGAUCGAGAGAAAGAUUAGAGAGCUUGAGAAAUCAUUGAAAGACGACACCAAAUCAGCAGAGAAAGCAAAAGAGACACUGGACAGAAUUCUCGAAGACGAUAAAAAUAUUGUCAUAGAUGGACAUCGUGUGAAUGCAUCAGUGAGUGAGGAACUAGAGAAGCAACUGAAUGGAGGUGAGGUGAAAGAAAUAAAUCGUGUUGUAUCAAGUGUGAGGUUUGUGAAGGGUGUUGGGAGAGAGAAGUAUGAUGGUAGAAUUGAUGGGUAUGAUGGAGAGUGGAAGCUCAUUGAUACAAUCAAUGUCACAGAUAAAAUCACAUACCCGCACAUUGUUGGAUAUAUAGAUGAAGAUAAGGUGAUGAUUAGAGAUAGGAAGAUUGAAGGACCACAUACGUACAUGUUAGAUUUGAACAGUAAAACCACACAGAGAGUGAUCAACGGUAGUGAUGCAUCAUGGAUAAUCUCAUGUGCAGCACUGAAUGAUGACAAGAUAGUAUGUGGUAGAUACAUCGAAGGUUGUACAGGAGAAAGUCUACCUGGGUGCAUCAGUGUAUACGACAGGCAGUGGAAUCACAUCAAUGACGUCACAAUACCAAGAAACACGACGCGUACUGUUGCAGGGGUGCGCGUUGCAGUCGAUCAGGAUGGGAUGACCAUCGCUGCUGAAGUGGGUCAGUCUAUGAUUUACGUCAUCAACCCAGCUAAUGAUGAGAUUAUCAAUACCAUCACGUGUAAAGAGGAGAUAGGAAUGCGCGGUGUGCUGUCAUCAGGUCACACCAUCGCUCAACCCACACCACUAGAUCGCAGAGCACUCAUCAUUGACAGAGAGGGUGAUCAUAGGGAAAUCACCAACAGCGAUGUCAUCUUGAAUGUGUGUGUUGAUCGUAUGACAGACGACCUCUACGUCGUGACAUCACAUGAUGAGUACAAGACGUGUGUGAUUGAUCAGGUGAUGAGUAAGGGUGAUAAGAAGAAGAGAAGAGUAGCAUCAUUCCCUUUAUCGGCUGUACUGGAUAGAAAGAAUAGAUUCAAUCAUCUUGCCGGAUCUCCAGUGAUUAUGACGUCAUCAGGGAAUAUGAUUGCAUUUGAUGGAGAUAAUGUUCUCAUAUUCAAAAAGCGAUUCAUCCUCUAGAUCCAUGACAAAUAAUAAUACCGAGCAAACAAAUGAUAUCUGGAAUGUUGCUGCAUCUUACCAUUAUAUGCUUUCAAAUUGAAAAGAAAAAAAAACACAAUGAAAACGCAUGAUUCCUUGUAAUUCAUGGUUUCUUUAUGGGUAAGCUUUAUAGUCAUAUUGAAAACCUAUCAGGGUUAUGCUCUUUAAUUGUACACGCUGUUUCAGAAUAUCUUAUACCAGACUACGCCGUCGCUUUGUUGGCGUGAGUAAACAUUAAUAUUAAUUAUGUCUGCAUAGCAGCUUUUUAUUACUAUACCCGUGUAUAUUUCAUUUUAGUUCAGUUCCAUAUGUAAAACUGAACAGUUAAAAUGUUCCUCAUUUAUGUAAUCAUGCCGGUUAAAAAAAAAUCAUCCUUUUUUCCAUCGCGUGUUUUAUAGCUACCACGGUCUUAUCCUCCUGAUGAAACAGUAGUUGUUACUCUAAAUAAUUGUUCAGUGAUAUCUUGAUUCAGUAAUGAAAAUUACAUUACAUGAAACGCUAUACCCCUUUAUAGAUUGAAAUUUACCUUUGACUCCUUUCAUCGCGUUAUAUUAAAUUAUAAUUGUCCUCAUAAUAAUGUUGCGAUAUGAGAGAGGAUCGCGUGGUCACGUUCGCUAUACCUCGAUGCGCAUUACAUCUAAGCAUUGCUUGCUUGUUUGUAUAUUUUCACUUCCAACAUCAGAUCAACACAAACCAACGAAGUAUUUUGAUGUGGCUACAUACAAAACAGCCCCUGCAAUGAUCUCGAUCAUGACAUGAUUAUAAUAACCUGGGUUUACCGAGAGAGGGGGCUGUUACAAUGAUUACGAUACAUUUUGGUAAAUUGCACUUUGUGCUCUUGCAAAAAAAAAAUAAUAAUUAAAAAAUAAUAAAAAAAAAUAGGGGGCCUACAUAGUACAUAACAUAUAGGCAGUACUGUAUAAUUUCACAAUUGAGACUUGGUAUCCAAAAUGUACCAGUAUAGUGUUUAUUUACCAAACGGGAUCUGCUAUUACCAGAAUGCGCAUUUGAAAAUGAUUUAUUACAUUGUGGUCACGUAUAGCUAUGUUAUGUUUUCUUUGGUCCAUUACGGGAUAAUGUUUCAUUAUUGCUUUUUAAUGUAAUUACUAUAUUAAUAGGUGCUUAUGCAAGAGUGAAACAGGAAAUUUAAUUAAAAUGAUGGCUGGUUUGAUUUUGAAUAUCCAUGUGUAUAAAGAUUAUAGUGAUUUUAAUUAACAGUUGCAUAUUUAUAAUAGAUCAUUCAAGUAGGCCUAUGUCAGGGACUGUUUGCUAGAAUGUUUAUACAAUUUAUGUUCAAUUAUGAUUUAGUUGCAGGCGCAUUAAAACGAUAACUGCAAUUUAUUGGAUUUCUUUAUUUUUAUCCUAACGGAAAUGGUUUUAAUAAUGUUUUGUGUAAUUGAGACUGUUUUGACUGCAUCUUUUCUUCUUGAGAAUCUAAAUGAAUAUCUGCAAGAGUUUAACAGAAAAUGUGUCGUUGAUUGCUGGUCGGUUUUUAUAUCAACGCAUUCAUGUAUAUAAAGAUUGAUUCAUUCGCUUUAAAAACGUGAUCAGUUCGAUGUUUGUGUUAAUCUGAUGUAAAUACGUUAAAUUAAAUACUAUAUCGGGCAGUGACUGUGUUGCUGGAAAUUUAUGUUCAGUUAUGUAUGAAUGAUGAAGGAAAUUUUAUAUUCGCAGCCGCAUUAUUACGAUCACCUAAAUAACUGAAAUCGUUAGAUUUGUAUCGUUUCCACGCUUGUAGAAAUUAUUUUUAUCAAUUCGUUGUUCAUUCAAAAUUGGUUUGACGACAUCUUUUCAUCUGAAUAACAUAAAUGAACUUGAUUGGGAAAGUGGGAUGUAUGCGAUAGUUGUUGUUUUUUAAACGGUUUAUCCAGUCAUCGUUUGAUGUUUUCAUGUAUCAUAUUUUAAUAUUAACCACAAAUUAUAGAAGAUCAUUUUGUACAUACUACAACUAAAUCAUUUGAAUAUCUGAAUC